UGCGAGAAAACGGAGAAAACGUUCAAAACAACGUGUUUCGCUGUUUACUACGGCUGGCGGAAUUUACAGAUUUUGUAACUUCCAUAAAAAAUCGAAAUAACUGGAGGAUUUUAGCACCGUUUCGAUAGGAAUCUUUGCCAAACGAUGGCAUCUACCAGAAUACAGAAACCAACCACGCGCCGUGGGAAGCGAUUCCUGGACGAACGGGAACCCAAAACGAUAGAGAAUCCGAAGAAAACGCUGAUCAUGGAGGGACGCAAGUGCUCCAAUGAUAUCCGGCAGGCGCUGAAGGAUUUCAAUCUGCUGAAGAAGCCACUGGUCCGAUUGAUGAGGAGGAAUAAUGACGUCACAUUGUUUGAGGAUUCGACACCGCUGGAACAAUUGGCCAAAUCGAACGACUGUCACCUGUUUAUGUUUGGUUCCUCAUCGAAAAAGCGCCCAAACAAUCUUAUCAUGGGACGAAUUUACGACGAGCAAAUAUUGGACAUGGUCGAAAUGGGUAUUUCCAACUUCAAAGGUCUGCAGGAUUUCAAAACGGAAAAGAUCUCCGCCUUCGUGAAGCCAGUGAUCGUCUUCAAUGGUUACAAAUGGAAACUGACCGAAGAGCUGCGACGUGUUCGGAGCCUCCUGCUGGAUAUGUUCCACAUCGACAAUGUAUCGACCAUGCGACUGCAAGGCAUCGAGCACGUGAUCAGUUUCACGAUCACCGAAGAUUUGUCCAUUCUGAUGCGUUCCUAUCGGAUUCAGUUGAAGAAAAGCGGCCAGCGGACACCCCGCAUCGAGCUGCAAGAGAUGGGACCAUCGAUGGAUUUGACCAUCAGACGGACCAAGAUCGCAUCCGAAGAUCUGUUCAAAACGGCCAUGAAGCAACCGGCAAUUCUUAAGGUGGCCAAACGGAAGAACAUCUCGCGGGAUGAGCUGGGCAAUGUGCAUGGUCGGGUGCACGUCGGCAAGCAGGACAUCAACGCCAUCCAGACUCGAAAGAUGAAGGGUCUGAAGAAGACGGCCGAAGAGAAGAAGGCGGAACGUGCCAAGAAGAAGCGUCUAUCGGCGGGAAGCUCAGCCGGAGAAGGGUCGGAACAGGAAUACGACCACGAGGACAUGAAUGAGACGGGCGAUGCUUCCGGAAUGGAUGUCGAUAGCGAUGAGUAAGCUUGGGGUGAUUAUGAUACGAAAAAAAUAUAAAUUUCUUU